AAUAAAAUUCCUCAACAAGCAAAAACACUUCCGCUCUGAGAUGAUAUAAAGAAGCCUGACUAUUAUUUCCUUGUCACUUCGUGAAAUUGUUUUCAAUGAAUAGCAGUAUUUGUCACAGUUUAGAAGUGUAUUGCUUUUCUUCAUUGAGACUGGCUUUGCAAAGCAAAAGUGUAUUGCUUGUUUAAUAAUUCAACACAGAGUUAAAUAAUCCAACACUGAUUUCCAGCGAGAUAAAUCUGUUUCGUCGACGUUUGGUAUACCAUUUGAACUAUAUUUGAAAGACGGAUUUGCUAAGAUGAAGAUUGCGUUGUGCAUAUUGUUUUCCGCUGCUUGGAGCAUAUUUUUAUUGGAUUGCGUGGAUGGCACUGCAGGCAAUCAGGCAUCUACUGCAAUGAUGUCUUAUGGAUGUGAGCCUUGCCAUAGCUGCUCAGCCUGCUCCGAAGAGAACAUUAAUUCAGUAUGGAUCAGUGAAUGGAAAAUGGCUUUAUUGCCUAAGAACAGUGUGUAUUCCAAGAAAGGCUGUAGCUACUCGGAGAAACUUUUAUCGAAGAAGAAAACUUAUUCCAAACUGAACUGUGGCUAUUCUGACGCGUUUUUAUCAAAAGAUGACAAUGCGAACUCUGAGCGAGAUUGUAGUUUUUCGGUACAAGUUAAAGAAGCCACGCGACUACAACUUGCUCUCGCCUGUAAAACAAGAAGCGAAGUCAUUUUCAAGGCAAAAAGGCGAUGUCGGAGGACGAUUCCUCCACAAAUACGGAGGGAAAUACCCUCCAAAAUGAUAAUGAUUUAUUUAAUUUCAGAGAUAUUUUUCCAGAUGAUUUUCCGGAUGACUCGGCGAUUUUCACUCCGGAUUUUUUUUGUCAAAGCCUCGUUCCAUUGCACAACGUUUUAGAGGUCCCUCUUCUGCACUCUGAGAACCUCAAUUUCGAAGAUGAGACCUUCUCAAAUACAUACAACGUUGUUGCAGAACUUUUAGAAGAAAUUCCAGAGGAUAUUCUACUGUCCACGGAGAACUUGCUCGGUACUAUGGAAGAAACUGAUCAAAUCUUCCAUGAAAAUCUGACAACAAUGUCAGCAGAGUCAAAUAUGAACUCUAGAUCUUUCCACACUGAACCUACAACUGACAAUAUAGCCUCAGAACCCAGCACAGGAACUCUCGAACGUAUCAAUAGAUUUGGUUUCGCGAUGGGCACCACUAAUUCAGACGCGUUUGCAAUAUCGUGCAACAUCAAUCAGUUCGAUACAGCAGCUGACCAUCUUACCAUGGAGUCCAGUCUUCAAAACAAUGCAAUCUCUCCGCCCAGCCUAGCAUACGAAUACACCCAUGGUGUUGUUCCAGAAAUAUCUCAUCCUCUCGUGAUUCUGAAUCCUAAUAGCAGAAAAAGACCCUUCGAGGAGGACAUCGACCCUGGUCAAGCUGUUAUCCCUGCGUUUAAGAAAAGAUUGGAGGAACCUUGUUGUUCUAGUGAUGUAGCUUCAUUUGUAAAUGAAAAAACCAUUCCUGCGGGUGCAGCUUCAUCUGAAGGCAAAGAAAGACGUUCUGUAGCAACAACCCAGCGCAGGACUUGUGUGCGCGAACCGGCGGAAGAAGCUGCUCUAAAUGAACAGAAAAACGAAGCUGCGAUUGAAUAUUUGAAAGCCUGGGUGAGAACGUUGUUUGAAGAAAACGAGUCCCUAAUUAAGGAUAGAGAAACACAUAUGGGUGACAUCAGCGAGAAGAAAAAGAGCAGGGAGAAAAAGAAGAGUUUGCCGGAACUUCAGGAAGAGAAGGUUGAGCUUAAAAAAGAAAACACAGAAUUGAGAAACAAGGUCAAAACGAUGUCAAGUGAGGCUGAGUCUUUGAUGAAGCGUUUACACAUCAGUUCAGAGGUCAGUGUUAUUGCAACAAAAAUUAAUUGACAAAAAUUUUUGAAAUUUCUUUGUAAAAUACCCAUUUGUUUCUGUAUAGCAUAACAACAUAUAAAAUAAGCAUAGAAUAGAAUAAAAAAAUAAUAAACUAAAAUAAGACAUCGUCAGUUUGAUUAAAUCAACACUAGCAAGACUAUAUAUAAAGCUAGGAGCUGAUUUGAGAGAUUUCCAGAGUGAUAUAAGGGUCUGGUCAUAAAGUGACUGAUAGUAUACGUUGGGAGGGAACGUGAAUUUAGCCAAAUCGUUUUCAUUUACGCACGGCAGGUACGUCUUUUAGUUCGUUUCUCCGUCUUUCUUAACCCCCCCCCCCCAGAGCGAGGUCAUCACCCUCUCUGAGUAAGGUCUGCCGUCAUUGGCCCCUGAAUAUAUUUCUAUUCAUCUGAAUAUGGAACACGUAUUGCAUGGUGAAUUUUCAAUAAGAUCUGUACUAGUUUGUAGAUAAAUACUACAAUCUGAAACCGCUUUUUCCAAUAUCAAACUCCCUAUUUUCUGUUCAUCAAAUUCAGUGUUUCCUGAGUUUCUUCUUGACCUGUACGAAUCCUGCGAAAGUAAUUAAGUUAAUCAGCGCAAAUGUAGCGCGGCCAAAUAUAGAGGGCAUUACCAUAUAUCACGUUGAAUGUAAUCACUUAAGUUUGCGCAGUUAUUAUUAAUAGUACAAAUAUAUUAUACAAGUUAUUCAGUAAAAACCUGCGUUGAAAUUGACAUUAAAUGGCGAAAGUUGACCGCACGAAUCUGCAGGUCGGUGCUUCAUGAGUUAAAUCUGAAACAGCAGUGUUUGGAUUUGUUUUUCUGCAUGGUCUUUCGUGUUAAAACGUGAGAAAUUAAAAUUUCUGUCGACCCUGGAAUGAUUUCUCGAUUAGCAUGAUUAAGAUGGUGUAAAGUUUGAUGUAAAGAUUUAAAGAUUUAAUCCAGGAUUAAGUCAGCCUACUUUUAAGCAACCGAUCUCGUAGUAUAUUGAGUGAAAGCUAAUGCAGUUUUUAAUUAAUAUAAAUAGGUAUUUCAUCUCAAUGUAUCAGAGAUGUUUUAGAAUGCUUCAAGCUUUGCGUUUAUGGGUUAAACGGCAGAAUUGUCAGUUUUUUUAACUGUAAUGUAUCGUGAUCUGAUCUCCUUAGGAUAAGUGAAAAACAUUGCGUGAAUAAUCAAGCAAAAAAGACCAACUCUGUCGUUUUCCAUUGCCCAAAAACGCGAAGUUUAAUUUUCUGCGCAAUCGAUGUAAUUAAUCAGUAAUACAAAAGAACGAAAAUUAUAUAACAAUUCGUUCCCAUUUCUGUGUGACUGGUUUAUUUCCACGAUGGUGCAAUUCUAGUGUAUAAUGCACUUUUAUGAAUCAAGUUCAGAAAAAAAGUCAAGCAUUGCUCCUUGUCCUUGUGGAAGCAUUGCUCCUUGUUCUUGUGGAAGCAUUGCUCCUUGUUCUUCAAGAUUGCAUAAUGUUCAUUGAUACCUGUUGGCUGUGGUCUGUGGUUUGAUAUCUGCCUGGCGUCAGUGGAUGCCGGGGUUUUAUUUUAACUAAUUUUAGGAAUAGGAAAUAUUCCAAAUUUAUAAACAGCAAAUACCCAUCGCAGAGUGACCGUACUUAUCGAAAACCGUAACCUAAGGCAACACUUCGCUUGAAAUAGUAACUUCUAGCACAUAUACUAAUUUAUGGAAUAAUAAAUUUAUGACGUCAUACCAAGGCACCGACGCUGACCUUGUGUUGGAACAAAUAUUUUUGUACAAAUUUCUGCAUGAAUAAACCGCUUUUACAUUUUACAUUAUUGCGAUUAGCCUGGUUGUAAUUUUGUUGGUAUUGAAAGGUUGUAAAAAUCCUUACUUCUAAGUGGCGAAUUACUCUGGGUUAUAUUUAAC